UUUUGUCAAAAAUAAAAGGACUAUUAGUAUUCUCUGUGAAAGAAUAAAAGAUUAUUUUGAAUCUAAAGCCAAAGAUAAGGGAUGAUUUUGGUCCUUUCCUCUAAGUUGAAUCCUAAUUUUGCAGUCAUAUAUGCAUUUUCCUUGUGUGAUUGGAGGCAAUUCUUGAUACCUGAAAUUUGCUGUAUUCUUUUGCCUUUUUCUUGAGAUAACUUAAAACCCUAACCCCUUAUUUUUGGAGCUUCUUGAACACUUGCAACGUUAAUAAUCACUAGUUAAACGAUAUGCUCAUCAGAUUCAGGGGCAAAAUGGUAACUAUUUGCACUAAUAACACUUCCAUAUUUCACGGUAAUGGCUUUGGCUUUUACACUUUAAGAUCUCAAUAUCUCUACUCCUCAACCUCAACCCCAACCCAUUUCUUGGUUAAAUACCUGGUUGAUUCUCCGAAAAAGAAGCAAUGUUGGCAUCUUCCAAGGUAACUUCAUGUAAAACCCCAAAGAAUCCUGAUUCAGUCAUCGAUUUCUUGAAACAAACUGGUUUGGACAAGACCCAGAUGAAAAAAAUGGUUUCUGCAGUACCCAAAUUGCUAUUCUCUGAUGUUUCCAAAACCUUAAAACCCAAAUUCCAGUGCCUUAUGGAUCUCGGGCUAUCCGGGUCGGACCUGGUGAAUGUGGUUGCUAAAGAUUCACAAAUUAUUGAAAGAGGUUUAGAUACACAUAUAAGACCUACCAUUGAUUUGCUUAGGAGAACUUUGGGUUGUGAUGAAAAUAUAGUUAAGGCUAUAAAGAGAUUUCCUUGGUUGCUUACUUUUGGUGCUCAUCAUAUUAUGGAGACUAAUCUAUUGCUGUUGAAAAACUCUGGUGUCCCUGAUUUGAGAAUAAAAAAGCUAUUGCUUAGAAUUCCUAGAUGUAUUGCACAAAAGCCUCAGUGGUUUAAGGGUUUGUUGCAUAGGGUAGAGAACGAAUUUCGAGUUCCGCGGGACUCCCCUAGUUUUCUUUAUGGAUUUCAAGUGUUAACCUCGCAAAAGAAGUCUACGUUGGAUAGGAAGUUUGGAAUUUUCAAGAGUUUUGGAUGGUCUGAUGAUGAUAUACUCGAGAUGUUCCGGAAGCUACCUUUUUGUGUUGGUCUCUCAGAAGUUAGAAUUCAGAAAGCUCUGAAUCUUUUCAUGAAUGAGCUCGGUUUUGAAACUGCUUACUUGGUUUCUCAUCCUGCAAUUUUGGUCUUUAGUCUGGAAAAAAGGGUGAUACCUCGGCUGCAAGUCUUGAAAAUUUUGGACGAGAAGAAGGUUGAGAGGAGAAAGUUGGAUCUCUAUUAUGUUUUGAGCUUAACAGAGUUGAAGUUCAUAGAUUAUUUUGUGAUGCCCUACAAGGAUCAAAUACCUGAGUUGUAUGAACCACUCAAGAAAACUGUGGCUCCUUAACAGUUUUAGUUUACUUUUGGCACUAAGGCUGCUGAGAUCUUUCUAAAAUUUUCAGUUGUAGUUCAACACAUUUUUGCUUUUCUUUUUUCAGUAUGUAUUCUGGAAAACACGAUCGGUGUUGCCAAACAUCAUUCAUGGAGUUGGGACAUAGUUUAUUGAAAGGCUGAACUGCUAUAAGCUAUAUGCAAAAUAAAGCUUGCCAUCUGAAGCUGUACAUAUUCAAAAGAGCUUGCUGUUAAACUGAAUCCCUUUGGCAAUUACGUCAAAUACUUGUUCUGCUACUGCAUUGGUUAUAUGAUAUAAGGGUCUGAUUUUCGCUCUGAUGGAUGACAGAAAGAAGUGUAGCUUUCCCAGUAACAUUUUGCAUAAGCUGUUUGAUGGCAGGUUAUUAUAUCUUACCUUAGAGCUUUAGUCUUUAUCUUAUCUUUGUGAAACUGAACUUUCUUUUUUCAUGUCAUACUUUGUAGACCUUGAAAUGAUUUUGUAUUCCUACUUACCCUAUACAUACAUGAUACUCCCCUGCAUGCUAUGAA